AUGUUAAAUAUUCUGAUGGAUUCUUGUAUUGGUGAUGUAUUGACCAAGUUUCUUGAUGUAUUGAUGAUAAUUUUAGAUAUUCUGAUGAAAACUGAAGAUCCCAAUUCAAAUUUUCCAGACCCUUUAACUUCAUCAUUUGAGAUAGAUAGUACCGGGAGAGGAAUUGUUCCAAGCGAACGAUCUGGCUCAGUAUUGGAGGAAAUAGUUGAAGCAUUAUGUGGACAUGUGUCAGGUGAUUCUCCAAUGGUCAGACGUCUAUGUCUAAGAGGACUUGUCCAGGCAGCAUCUGAGCGUAUAAAGGCUAGUGUGGAGCCAAAUCUUGAACAAUAUAAACCGAUGGUGUUGUCUUAUUUUUCAUUUUCCAUGUUUACCCUUAGCACAAAAUUUAUAGGAGUUUCUAUCAACGAAGAUGGAGGUGAAGGAAUAACAAUGAAGAUAGAAAUGAAUUGGGAUGGAAUCCCUAGUAUAUUACUUGAUAUCAAGACUAGACUAGGAGUUGGAUUGCCUAUACAAAUUAACCACUGA